AUGGCAAGGGCAAGGGGAGCAGGGGCACUGGAGGAGCGAGCGGGGGCGGUGGAGGUGGAGGUGGAGGCGGCGGGGGGAGUGGGGGUGGCGGUGGGAGUGGAGGUGGGGGUGGAGGUGUCGGUGGCGGCAGUGGAGGAGGAGGCGGCGGCGGCGGCGGCGGUGGCGGUGGGAGCGGAGGUGGCGGAGGUGGCGGCAGUGGAGGCGGCGGUAGUAACGGAGGCGGCGGAGGCGGCGGGGGUGGCGGUGGAGCUGGUCGCGGGUGUCUAG